AGGGCGUAAUACUGUUUGUUGAUAAACAUGAAUUUAGGGAGGGAUUUUGCGCUGGUUGUGCGUUAAAUUUGAACAUUUAAUAUUAGUUCAUCGAAUAAUUUUGCAAUUUGUUUUGGGGUCCAAAAAAGUUGAGGUUGUUUGGUUAUAAAGAUAUGGAUCUGCUUACUUUUUAUAUCAUCCUGUAUUCUUCAUUGCUCCGAGUAUCCUUUGGGAGACCAAAUAUUAUUAUAUUGGUUGCUGAUGAUUUGGGCUGGAAUGAUCUUAGCUUCCAUGGCUCAUCACAGAUUCCAACUCCAAAUUUAGAUUACUUGGCAAAUAAUGGUAUUAUAUUAAACAAUUAUUAUGUGUGCCCUAUAUGUUCUCCUUCAAGAAGUGCACUAAUGACUGGUUUCUAUCCAAUACAUACAGGACUGCAACAUGGUGUCAUUUCUUCUUCUCAUCCAUGGGGUUUGCCAUUAAACAAGAUUAUAAUGCCACAGUGGUUUAAGACUGUAGGGUAUAAAACACAUGCUAUUGGAAAGUGGCACUUGGGUUUUUUUCGUAAAGAGUACACUCCAACAUUCCGUGGCUUCGACUCUCACUAUGGGUAUUGGGGUGGAAAAGAAGAUUAUUUUGAUCAUACACAACAGAUGGGUGAAAUGUGGGGUCUUGAUUUUCAUCACAACAUGAAGUCUGUGACUGAUGCUCUAGGAAAAUAUUCUACAGCUUUAUUUACCAAUCAUACCGUGCAUAUUAUAAAGCAUCAUAAUAGUUCAAAACCUCUUUUUUUAUAUGUCGCAUACCAGGCUGUUCAUAGUGCCAAUUCUUAUGCAACUCUUCAGGCACCAGAAAAUUACAUCAAACGUUUCCCCAAUAUAAAGGACAAAAACAGAAAAAUUUUUGCUGGUAUGGUUUCUGCAAUGGAUGAUUCUGUGAAAGCUAUUGUUUCUGCUCUGGAAGCCAAAAAUAUGUUGAAUAAUUCAAUUAUCGUUUUUACAACUGAUAAUGGAGGGCCUGCUGCCGGUUUCAAUAAUAAUGCUGCUUCAAAUUGGCCUUUAAGGGGUGUGAAAGCAACUCUGUGGGAAGGUGGAGUUAGAGGCAUAUCAUUUAUAUGGAGCCCAUUAUUGAAAAAUUGUGGUCGCACAUCAAUGGAAAUGAUGCACAUCACAGACUGGUUGCCUACUUUGUAUCAUGCUGCAGGUGGAAAUGUGUCUAAUCUUGGCAAGUUAGAUGGUUAUGAUCUUUGGGAUACAUUGUCUUUCAACAGACCUUCACCUCGAUCUGAAGUAUUAUUAAACAUUGAUCCUAUUAACAAAGUAUCUGCUCUUCGAGUGGGAAAUUUCAAAGUAAUACAAGGUACUGUGUAUGGUGGCCAGUGGGAUGGUUGGUAUGGACCAUCUGGAAGAGAGAAUUUCACUCAAACUAGAAAUGCAAAGAGUUCUUCAGAAAAAUUAUACCAUAAAGCUGAAAUAACAUGUGGACCUAUUCCUAAAAAUGCAACGUCUAGUUGUUAUCCUGCCAAAAAACCAUGCUUAUUUGAUGUUCAAAAUGAUCCUUGUGAGUACUAUAAUUUAGCUGAAGAUAAGCCACACAUGCUAGAUACUUUGUUAAAGAAACUAGCCGAGUAUAGUGCAUCUGCUGUACCUCCAGGCAACAAGCCAUUGGAUCCGCAGAGUAAUCCUAAAUACCACAACUAUCAGUGGAUCAACUGGAAGGAUUACGUGUAAUUGGUUGCAUAAAUAUUUUAAAAUGCAUGGGACCUAUAUUCCUAAGCACUCACAGAUGAAAUCACUUGAUUUAAAUUAUUAUAUACUUAUGCUACCAUUCCUGAUUAUACUAAAAUUUCUUACAGCAUUAAUGUUUUAUUAAUUAUGUUUUAUUUUUCAUAAGGCUUGAUAGCUAUUUUAAUUUGAAGAAAUCAAAAGGUUAUAUCUGUUCUCAUUAUUUUAAUAGUUAAUUCUUUUUUGUUUCACUUUAAGUAUCUAAUUAUGGAUUCAAUUUAGAAUAAGGAUGCAUCAUUUUUUUUGCUUCCUUUUCUAUUGUUUUAAUAAAAAUUCCAAUUUUUUAAUAAGGGACCAUCUUUUUUUUUAAUAUUUUAAAAUAGCCUUAAAUGCUUAUCUGUCAUAAUUUGAGAAUAAGUUUGUUUUUAAUUGUACAAAUAAUAUCUGUCAAGAUGAGUUUAUUGAAAUCAGCAAGAAUGCUUAAAAUAUUCAGAAUUUCGGAAUGUUUUUACAGUAAUAAAUUUUAUUUUAGGAACCAUAAAAUGCUGUAUUCAUAAAUACAUAUGUUACAGGUUUUUUGUCUGUAUGCCUGGAAGCAUAACAUGUUUAGGAAGUGGUAAUCUAUGGGAUUAAAGGAUUAAGAAUUAGGCUGACAAGUCGGUAUAGUGGUUAGUGGCCCUGACUGUCAUAGCAAUAGGCACGAGUUCGAAUCCCGGAGAAUUCAUGGUUGUAACUGUCCGUCCCUUCAUAGGAGGUAAAGAUAGCCACCUAUUAGAUGCUUUCAUAAUGAAAUGGACACCUUUUUCGGCCCUUGUAGUGGUGCAAGCUGAUGGCUAUUAAAUAAAGUGCCUCGACCAUUAAAAAAAACUUUUUAUGUAUUUUUUAGUUCUGUCAAUUGAUGUAAAUGUAAAAUAUUUUGACAUGCUGUUUUUAUGCUAUAAAUAAGCUUGAAAAUUUGAUAUCAAGGCAGCUUUUAAUAGUCUGUCACUGAAUUGUAUCUUGUGAAAGGUCUAUUAGAAAUAUAUGAACCUGUGGAGAUUUUUAGACGUUAUUCCUCUGGUUAGUUUUUAGUGAAGCUGUCUGUUCUAUGAUGUAUAUAGCAUCUUUUACUAUAUUAUGCUUUGAGAAAUGAGGGUUGAGUGUUAAAAAAUACAUGCUUCUUGUGAAAUAAAAUUGUAAUAUGAGAUACAAUAAAUUUUAUGAUAAAUUAUUAAAAGAUCAAAAUUUAUUCCAUAAAUUCAUCUGAAAAGUACUUGUGAUAUGAAGCUGAAGGUGUGAAAUUCCCCUUUACAUUGAUAUAAAAAAAUUCUUAGGAAUUUGGGGUAAUAAUAAUUUGUUUGAUACUAUGUAAUAAGAUACUUUUUUAAUUCGUAUUCUGUAUGAAAUUUCCUGUUUAAUUUUUUGUCUUAUGAAAUUGCGGGUUACCUAUCUUUAUAAGACAGAUUGUGUUUCAUUUUUGAGUUAUAUAUUGUGUACUGGAAAUACAUUAUUAGUAUGGAAUUUAUUAGCCCUGCUAAGGUUGGGAAAUUUUAAAUAAAAUUUUUCAACACCGAAUCAUUCAUUACAGCAAAAAAUUGAAUUAUUCUUCGCAUAUUGCACUCAUGUCCAAAAUUAAGCAACAAGCAGAAAGAAGGUUUAACAAAAAGAAAAAAUAUUUUAUCCAUUGAAAUUUUUACAGAUCAUGGAGUAUUAAUACAAGAUAACUAAUGUAGGAAACGGCAAAGAAAGUAGCUAAUAAGUUAAUGAUUUAAAAAAUAACAAUGAUCUAAAAAAUAUAAGGAAUUUUGGUGAAAAGUUUCUAUCAGUACAAGAUGUGAUGAAUUCUGCAGGGAACACUGCUUCUUGACUGAAAUGAUGCCCGUCAGUAUCAUUUCAGAAUCAUCUAUGGCAAACAUGUCAAACUCACAGGCCGUGACUCAUUUUUCUAUGCCCUCGGAUCAUGCCAUGAAAUAAAAAAUACAUAUAUAUAAUAUAUUACUGAAACCUGGAAAGCCACCCAAUAUCAAGGCAUAUAUAAAACUCUUGAAACCGCCUCUUUACAAAAAUAUUUACUCAAUCAACAUUGAGAAUGUUUUAAUCCAUUUAAAGAUUGAAUUAACAGAAAUUCAGAGGACUAAAUUCUAAAACAGGUAUUCAGUGAAGUGGGUAUCCCUGAAUUUGACAAAUAUCUCUCUCUGCAAUUGCCAGAAAGCAUCAAAUUUGGAUUCUGUGUAACUUCCAUGCUAAUCAGUCUGAAGCAAUUUUCUCAUUUUAUGAAAGAGACAAGAACUCAACAAGAUCCGGAUUAACAAACAAUAUGUCUGACCUCAGUUCCCAAUAUGGCUAUUGCAAGUAGCAUGUUAUCCACAAGCUGGUUGCAAGAAAAUGAUGCCAGUUGUCAGAUGAGAAACGAUCUAUUGAUCUGCUACCAAUUAUCUUACGUUCUUUCAAUUUUUUAAUGAAUUAUAAUUGUAUUUCCAGUUCUUAUACUGGACAACCCUUCGUUGAAUGUCAUUGCGCUCAAGAAUGGCAUUUUAAGACCCACGGGCAUAAUAAAUAGUGAAUAUAUUGAGAAAGGGUCACUAUACUUUACUACAAUCACAGAAAUAUGUAGCAGUUUGUGAUAGUUACCCUGUUUCCCGAUAAUGCUCCAGGACGCGGUGCAGAAACCCUGACAAUAUUGCAUCUAAAUAUGGAGAUUUUAUUUCUUCCAUUGAACACCGUUUCCUUAAUCCAAACAAUGCAUCAAGGGAUCAUAAAAAUAUUCAAAGCCUGUUAAGUCAGGCAUGUUUACAUUUGUGCAAAUAAAGCAAUAGAUGGAGGAAAGUGCACGGUACUAAUGGUAUUUUGGAAACAAAUCGAUAUAAGACGUUGUAUAGAAAUGAUUAAACUCGCAUAGGAACAAUUAAUUCGUUAAUAAUAAAUGCUUGCUGGCAUAAGCGCUAACCAAGCGUAGCCAGCAAUCGUAAUUCCAUCGAUUGAGAAAUGAAGCUAAGGAAGUCGUACAAAUUGCAAAAGCAAUAAGCAGCAAAUAAUUUUCAGGUAUGGAAAAAGAAGAAAUUAAAGGUUUAAUCGAGAAAUGACGAUCAUUAAAUGAGAAAUGAAAAAUUGGGUGAUCUUAUAACGCCAGCCUUCUUUGAAAGCAGCGAUAGUAAAGAAGAUGAAGAGCCUUUAACAUACAAGAAAUUCAACGGAUUGUUAAAAGAGGCACCGGAACUGUCUGAUUUUCUAAUGCAGAUUGACCCAAAUGAAGAACGAUGAGGACACUUUAUGAGAGGUUAUGAAAAACUUUGCACUCCUUACCGCGAACCAUUUAAUGAGUUCCACCAAACAUUGUCUCGAGCAAAAAUCACCAGCUCUUUAAAUAAAUAAUUCAUUAUUUAUCUACUUACUAAGUAGUAAUAGAAAACCUUUCAAUUAACAUUUGUUUCAUUUCGCCCUUUUAAUUACAAUAAUAUUUCGGUUUGUAUGAAUUAUACUUUCUGUCUUAAUCUGAAGUAUAUCUAAACUGAAUUUUCCCUAGAAAGUUAACUUUGCGGAGUGCGAUUUUACCGCACACGCAAUGUGUUAAUGAGAUAACCCUCUCAUUCCACAAGGGUUUGGUGUAUUUAUUAAAUGUAUCAUGGAGUAUUUAAAGAAUAUAUUUUCAUUUAUUUUGCAUAGCCAGCUACCUAAAAGAGUUAUUUAAAAUAUAUAUAUAUAUAUAUAUAUGUACAAUAAUUCUAAUGAGUCCAGCAAGUAUAUUUUUACAAGUCCAGCUAGUAAUUAAUAAUAAUAGAGGUGAAGAACUGCACUUAUAGUUUUAAAAUCAGUUAGAUAUUUAAUCAAUAAUAGACGGAUUCAAUUUGAAAGAAAAUUUAAAUAUCUUAUGCUUUGCCAAACGGCAACAUGUAGAGGAUAAAAAUAUUUUAUCAUGGACAGUGGCAAUUCCUUUCUUUCAAAUCAAUGAAUUUGUUGAUUAAAUUUGAAAAGUAAAUAUUUUAUGCUUUGCCAAUUAGCAACAUAUUGCUUUUAAAUCGCUGAGUCUAUUAAUAAAAAAUUCAUUAAAUGUUUCCAAAAUACGAAAUAAUUUUUUUUUAAUUCAAAAAUCGGGGUUUCACAUGUUUGGGUGCGAGAUUAUGUCUUGUUUAAAAUUUAGUGGUUCUAGGUACUCUUGAGUUUCCAUAGUGCGAAGAACAAAGGUACAGAUUUUUCGUUAUUUGGUAAUAAAGACUUUAUCUCUGGAAAGAUUAUAUAAAAUAUUAUAAGAAUAUUAAAAAGAAUAAUGACCUAUUAUAUACCUGUAAGUUACUUAUAUAUACGAUUUUAAAACUGUUUUAUUGCAUUGUUGAAAUGGGCUCUUGUUUAGAGUUUUUAAAAAUUUGAAUUAAUUAUUUUAAAUGACAAGAUAAACUACGGAAUUUCUUUUGUAUAAAUGUACGUAUAUACUUUAUAUAUGAUGGUCAUGAUUGUUCUUUUUUUUUUAAAUAUGCGAACAUUAUGUCGUCUGUACAGAUCUUAUAGAAGUAUGUUUAAAAGCUUUGAUCUCAUAGGAAUAUAUUUAAAAGCAUCUUGUAUGAGUGUGUUUAAGAACAUUGUAUCAAAAAUUAUAGAAUUUUAUAUUUUGGAUGGAUGCAUGUACAUUUUAAGUCACAGUUAAUUAGAAUUGUUAGUUCAAAUAAUAGUUCAAAAUUUGUUUAAGGUUACAGUAGAAAUAACUAUUCCAUGUGCUAAUUGCAUAAUGUUUCAAACUUAAUAGCUGCUAAAAUUUAUGUAGCUCUAAUAAGAGUAUUUUAUUUUAGAAGUUUAUUUUAAUGUAUUUUAUUGAAUAGCUAAUGGAUAUAUAUAUAUUUAUUUAUACUAAAUUGUUUUGCUUCAGCUUUGUAAAUUAAUAAUGUUUUAUUUUCCGUCUUUGCAAAAUAAAGGAUUUUCCAAUGAAUUCUCCACCAUCACUAUAAUUAUUGAGGAAUUAGCCAUAUGUUUUUAUUAUUGAGGAAUUAUAAUUAUUGAGGAAUUAGCCAUAUGUUAUGAAUGUUCAUGAAUGUGCAAUAAUUUAAAAAUUUACUACUUGAUAAAUAUAUCAUUCAGAAAUGGUUUUCGUUUCCUUUUGCAGAGUUUUUAAAUUGCAUUUAUUUAAUUCAGAUUUGAAAUUUUUAAUAAUUAGGAAAAAUAUUAUGCAUAUUAAUGCUGUUAUCAUUUGAGUAUAGAAAUGUAUAUAUUUUGUUUUACAUUUGCAUGCCAAAUUUUGCAACUAAUGUUAGUAAAAUUAUUUUUAUAUAACAUUUAUAUAUUUUUAUGUGUAUUAUAUGAUUAUUACUGCAAAAUAAAUAUAUUCUACAAUAAAAACUGUAAUUAUCUCUUUUACUGUAUAACUGCUUCAUACUUCUACUACUAUGUUAAAGAACAUUUGCAUGAUCAUAUUUUAAUGAUGCCUGGUAUUUUAUACUUUGAAAUAAUCGCAGUAUUUACUUGAAAAUAAGACCCAACUAACAUUCUAGGAUAAAUUUUAAGAAAUAAAAAUGUAGAUGAAUAUUUUGUCUUGCAAUAAUUAGGAGAAAGGGGAUUUUUUUCCCCUCUUCCUUCAAAUAACAGUGCUAUUAGCUAUGUCCUAAGGACAUUGUUAGUGAUUCUGUGUUACCUACUGUGUUCAGGCAUACCACUGACCAGUAUAGUGGAUGCAGAUCUAAAUUAAAAUAUCUCAGCUAGACAUAGAAAUUAUAAUUUACAGUAAUUGAAUAGUAAUUAUUUAUGUGGUUUUAGUAUUUAAGCCAGUGUAACUGUUUUAUAUAGUAUGAUAAUAAAUCUUCUUCCUC